UAUGUAGGGCGAGAAAGAGUUACGUGUUCAUGUAUAAGGAAGUUAUACAAAAAUCCCAUUACAAAGUUGAAGGAAUUUAGGUACAAGAGUUAUAAAGUGUAUCCACAAUAAAAUAAAGAAAGGAAUGGCAAGUUAUUCUUUAAUAUUGGAUAUAAAUAAGCACAGUUACAUAUCGGACAACGCUGAUCUCAAACAACGUUAAUAAUUUAUCGUUUUAAAAAGAUAUAUCAGAAAAAAACAUGAUAAUACUUUGAAUACAUUAACGCACAAGGAAUAUAAAUUCGUGAGGUAUUGUUGGACACUUUACCGAUGAAAUCCCUCAAGUGCGUUGCUGUUGGAGAUGGGAGCGUGGGGAAAACUUGCCUUCUGAAGACAUUUGUGGACAACUCCUUCCCUCACGACUAUGUUCCCACUGUAUUCGACAACGACAAGGCGGUGAUAGCGGUGGACGGUUCGAACUACGAGCUGCACCUGUGGGAUACGGCGGGCCAAGAAGCCUACGACCGCCUCCGCCCCCUCUCUUACCCGAUGACGGACGUCUUUAUCAUGUGCUUUUCCGUUAUUUCUAAGUCGGAAUCAUAUGAAAGCGUCUCUUCAAAGUGGGUACCGGAAGUGCGCCAUCACUGUAAAGACACUCCGAUAAUUUUAGUUGGCACCAAAGCUGACGCCCGCGAAACAUUCUCAGACCGGAGUGAAAUAGUGACGCACCAGCAAGGUCUAGUGUUGAAGAAAUUGGUUGGAGCGAGGUAUUACGUGGAAUGCUCGGCUCUGACACAGAUGGGCAUAGUCGAGGUAUUUCAAGACGCUGUGCGCGCAGCAAUCGCACCGCCAGUAAAACGACAUGGAAACGGCCGUUGUAAAUUAUUAUGACUGCAAAUCAAACAUGUUUGAUUAUUAUUUGUUGUGAUCGACACCCAAAAAAGUAAAAUGCAUGUGUAAUUUAUGCAUUUCAAUCUGGUAAAUGUCUGACAAUAUUUAACGGAUGUAUAACAUGUGAUUGUAACUAUAUAUUUUAACAGGUAAUAUGCAUAUCGGUCCUCAAUGUUUUUAAAAUAUCCAUAUUCCAUUAACUACAAACGAACAUAGAAAUAUAUGAGUAAAUCUGCAUUUUUAUAUAUUGAAUUAACAACAUUUCAAAUUCGAUAUUUUCCUUUCACAAAUACACGAUUUCAACUCAGUCACGAAUUCAUCAUAGCACGUAAAAUUGUGACGUUGACAUCGUGAAUUCAUGAUCACGUGAAGUUGAAAUCGUGAAUUCAUGAAUUCGUGAAUUUGCGAAAUCGUGAAGUUGAAAUCGUGAUUUCGUGAAGUUGAAUUUGCGAAAUCGUGAAUUCGUGAAGUUAUAUUUGCGAAAUCGUGAACGUUGAAAUCGUGAAUUCAUGAAUUCAUGAAGUUAUAUUCGCGAAAUCGUGAAGUUGAAAUCUUGAAUUCAUGAAUUCAUGAAGUUAUAUUUGCGAAAUCGUGAACGGUUGAAAUCAUGAAUUCACGAAUUCGUGAAUUUGAAUUUACAAAAUCGUGAAGAUGAAAUCGCGAAAUUAUGAAGGGAGAAAUCAUGAAAUAUUGAUUUUGAAAUGUCAGCACCGGUCUUUCGUAUGAUAAAGUUACCCCUAUCGUGUAUCGUAACGCCUUAAAAAGUGCCCUCGAUAAGAAUACGAGUACAUUCAUACAGAAGUUAUACCUGAUAAUCAGAUACAAAUAGCAUGUGACGAGGUAACACGCAACUUGGAAACCAGUUGUAACAUUAUAUUAGAACAUUAGUAUUAAGUUAAUGCAAUAUAUAGUUCAAGCAGAAAUGAUAUGAUAUGUAAACGUUAGACGAAAUGAAUUUAUAACUAAAUAACAUGAUACCUUAUUUAUCAAUAGCAUGCGAUUGAAAGGCAGCUUUUUUAAGGAAACAAAAUGUGUUUCGAAAACAUUAAGUAAGAUAAUCUCAUUCAUCAGAGGUUUGGUAAUGAUAGCAUUCAUCGCUCUUUUGUACGUGAAUGGUUAAGUGGCACUCGUAUUCAAAAUAAAUACAUACACAUUUAUAACAAACAUACAUUUUGAGUGAUAAACCUUUAACUACUGACUAAAUAGUGCACGUAUGGAAAAUAUUAAACACUGAUAACAGGAUUGUUUUGGCGUAUAUAAUAGUUGAAAACGCGAACAAUAUUAAAGCUGCACUCUCACAGAUUUACAGUUUUUCCAACUUUUUUUAUUUUAAGUCUUGGCAUGAGCAAAUUUUUGCGUAAAUAUCUGCAAACCAGUAAUAAACGACCCCUGACAAAACAUCGCAGAUUUUCAUAUUUCCGUUCCCAAAUUAAUGUUUUAUGGCUAAAACCGUUACUAACAGUUUAAUGUAUAAAUCUGCAAUCUAAUGUUUUGUCAGCAGUCUUAUAAGACAUGCAUUUUCUCAUAAAAUGGCUCGUUCCAAGACAAUUUUUUUUUAAAUGUUCAACCUGUGAGAGUGCAGCUUUAAAUGAUUUGUGAGUGCUAAAUUUUUUACUGUGAUCUACUAUUGUCUCAUAAGGUAGAAAUACCGUGUUUCUGCACCUUUCUUUCAAAUUAAAUAAGGUAUCGUUCAAAUAGGAACCAUUGUUUUCGGCAUGUAUUAAUCCUUUUUGGUAUAUUAAAACAAUUAUUUUAAUUGUGGUAAAUCUUGUUUGGGAGUAAGGGUGCAUCUUUAGUAAAAAUAGGUCAAAACUCAAUGGGGUUUCGCUGUUUUUUUUUCCAUUACGUUUGACGCUUUGAACAAUCGUGUUGCAUUAUUGUGAUUGAUAACAGUACCUUAAUGUUUCUUUGCGAUGCCAUUAUAUCUAUCAUUCGGAACUCCUCGGCCAUUUUUAUCGAAAACAACCUCGGAUGUAUUUCGACCAUUUACAUACUCAAAUUGGUAUAUAUGUUUCAGUCCACUGCAAGUAGAUCGCGUAGUUAUUUAAUUUUGCAGUUGAAGUUAAUGACUUUAUUCUUGGCAAUCUACAUUAUGAUUGCAAUAAACACUUCACUGGCAAUUCGUUUAAACUUAGAUCAACAAAUAUAAGUUAAACUACUGCAUUUAAUUAAUGACAUAAUUCAAAAUUGUACGAACUACUUCUACUGAUGUACCGGCAUACAUCCGAGGUUCUUUUCGAUAAAAAUGGCCGAGGAUUUCCGAAUGUAUAUCUAUAGGCUACACUAUGUGCGGUUACCGUAAACGAUUAAAGUUUUUUCGUGACCUAUUCCCUUUUAUAUGUCCUAUUAAUAAACAUCAGCACUGUUACAUUGUACUGUUUCUGUUGUGUUCUUUAUCAUUAUUGUCUUGUUUUCUUUAUAUUGUGUAACUGUAUCUUCCUGCAAUAAAAUAAUCAAAGUGCUGAAAGCAUUGAUGGACUAGGGCUUCAUUUAGGGGAAUGUUGAUAACCAUGUUCUAAGCAUUAAACAAAUCGGCUCACAUCAAAAGGGGUCACUGUUUAAUGGGCUAGCUUAAACUUUAGACUAAAACUGCUUGCAAGCUGCAAAGGAAAGUUUAAAAGUGUGG